AUGAGUUUUCUUAGAUAUAGAAGGGCUACCGUAAUUGCAUAUUCCUUUUUUAAAAGAUGUUAUGCACGUCCAGUUGAAGUUCGGUUUGUCCAAUCAAAUGCCAAACAGCAAAAUGAUGUUCUUGAAAGAUACAAGGAAAAGUUAGAGAGAAAGGCUAAAGAGCAGGGUCUCAAAGAUCUGAGCGAAUUGAAAACAAAGAUGAAAAACGAGAUUGAUAAGAAAAAACGGGAAUUUAGCAAGGUUGAUCCGCUUGAGGAAUUGCAAGAUUUUGAAAAAGCGCAGAAGCUGAAAGCUGUGCUUGAAGGAAAGAAAGGCCCAAAAAAAGAUCUUGGUGAGAUCAAUCCAGGUAUACCAAAACGGCCAUAUAAGACUCUUGAUGAUUAUGUGAAGCUUGAUCUAUUCAAAAAUCUUCCUCCAACCCAGAUCGGGUUGGUUUGGAGAGCCAGGUUUCAAACGAAAGAGCGUACACUAUGUGCAGUUGUUGAUAGUAGCAGCUACGACAAAAUGUAUCACUAUGCCAUAAACAAUCCAAGAUUUAUUCUUCCACUUCCGAAGGAAGAUGCACAGGUGGAAAAAGCGAAAGACCACAACUCCAGUAAUAAUGGUCGUACACCUGUGGAGAUGCAUUUUAUUCAAUGGGCACCUGUUGGAAAAGACACUCUUCACUUGAUGAUUACAUCUUUGGCAGCAUUCAAAUUACACAAAGAAUACACAAAGCCACAUACAACGGUUUCUUUCCACAGUGAACUAAAAGAUUCGAAGGGAUUAGUUUUGAUGAAUGGUCAAGUAGAUAAAGAAGCAGCUGUAAGUUUAAAGGAUGUCCGAUUGCUUCUGUUGAAUCUACAAAGAUUUUAUGGUGCUAUGGGAGAUUCCACUGAUAUAAGCCAGCAAAGAAUCAAGUUAGUUCACGAUUUCAACCAGGGGUCGGGUGAAUUUGAUAUUGAAAAGUUCUUAGAGCUUUCUGAGUCUAUGGAGAAUUGA